AUGGCAUCGCGACAACCCCAAUACCGACAAUAUGGCGGCUCAGUAGAGCGCUUACCCCUUCACAAUGGGUCUACGCUGGCGUAUGACUCAAAUAGUAGUGUGAAGGAUGUCAGACUACAUGAAUCAGCGUCGAAUAAAGGGGUUGACCGAACGCUACGACGUGUUCCUAAGGACGCGAAGUUAUCGAGCUCUUUCGGCAAUUGGCUAGGACGAUACAAGGCCAAGAAAGGAGAGAACCUGGAUCGGAUCCGUAUUAGUGACCCAAUGCCAAUACAACAAACACCGUCACGCCCUAAACGUUCAUCUUAUACACCUGAGUUGGGUAACGGGUCCCACGAGCUCCUCAGAUCAGCAGCACCGAAGCCUCCACCAAGAGAUGUAGAGAUUAAACGAGAGAAUCUUGGCGGCUGCCACGAAGCAUUGAGGUCUCACCCUAUUGCUCCACAACCCUCGCCUAAAGAACGAAAUGUUGCUACUCGACAGACGCCCCUUAAGCAUACAGCUAAGAGCGGAAACUCGAAAGCCGUAGCACACGAUGAACCUCGGACUAAGGGGACCACUAUGGAGCCCCGGCAGAAGACAGAUGUUAAAACUGAGCGGCGAAAGGGCCGGAUUUUCUUAGAUACAACAGACAUGUACGAAUUUCCCAACCCAGACACCUUUGAAAGUAGCGAGGAGAAUGACGACGACGGUCAUAUUUGGGAAGAUGCUGGUUUUGACGAUCCCCAACCAGUUACCAAAAAUGAAUCUGCACCGAAGAUUACUAUUACGCAACCAAGCGAUGACGGAUACAGCUCGAUGAAGAGCGAAGAAACCCCUCAGCGACUACUUGGUGUUGAUGAUUGUUAUAAAGUCCUUUACGAAGGGCAAACCAAGGAGAUGCGUGGACUACGUAAUACUCUGCGCUACUUGGUGCCGUUGGCAUGGCUUAUUGCAGAUGCGGAAGGCGUUGAUCCGAAUGAUAUAGAUGCGUUGGAGGGCGCACUCAAGACCAUCAUCGCAGAUCGAGAGAAACUUUUUGAUCUCUUUCCCCUGGCUCAGGUAUUGGCUGAAGACCAGAAGGUGGAUAUUGACGACUUCAAGGCACUUCCCAGAGCUCUCCAGAAUGUUAUGGCAGACCGCGAUAAUGCAAGGCGGAUGGCCGACUACCACAGGAUGGCUAGUCGGAGACUCGAGGGGAGGAUUGCAAAAUUGGAGAGAGAAAGAGAUAGCGAGGACAAUGAAGAAUACCAGUGGUUGUAA